AUGAGCUGGCUCCAAGGUCGCUUUGUCGGCCCGGUCGACCCUCCUCCCACCGCUCCUGCGCCGCCCGUCCAGCCGGGCGAGCUGCCCGAGACGGCCCCGUCGCCCGACUCUCUCGAGGUCGCCUCCUCGAGCGUCGCCCAGGACCCACCGCCCACGAUCAAGGUCGCCGUGCUCCUCGACGGCGACGCAGACCUUUUCACGUCGGCGUACCUCCUCAAAGGCUACCGCGGUGGACGCUCGGCCGCCCUCGACCUCCGCAACAAGGUCAACUCGCUCGUCCACAGCCGGUACCGCCACGUCGCAGGCCCGCUCGCCCGUCCUCCCGAGCUCUACGUCGUCGCCCAGUCGUUCCUCAACAUGGCGGGCCUGUCGCAUCACCUCCUCGGGGUCGACCUGCGCUCGUUCGCGCAGGGCUUCUCGUCGAGCGGGCUCGCCUUCUCGAUGGUCGACGUCGGCUGCCAGAGGCAGGCCGCAGACGACGCCAUCAAGGGUCACUUGCCGUUCCUUCUCGCGACGUGCGACGUCGUCCUCCUCGGCGGCAGCCACGACGGCGGUUACGCUGCCGACCUCCUGCGCCUCGACCCCGAGGUCCUCCGCACCAAGGUCCUCCUUCUGCGCACGACCGACUUUGCCGCCGAACGCAUCCUCGAACUCGGUCUCGAGGAGGUCCGCUUCGAGGGCUUGUUCGACGGCACCGACCCUUCCUCGGGCCGCAAGCCGGCCUUCCUCACGCGGGCCUCGGCCCCGGCGAUGCCCUUCUUCGCGCCAACCUCGUCGGCCAUGUCGCACAGCGUCAACGCCGUCCGCAAGACGUCGGUGCCUCGUGUGCCCGGCGCGACGACGAGCGCCGUCAAGCCGCCUGUCCCGGCCUCGUUCUCGUCGACGGUCGCGCUCAGGCCCAGCGGCCUCGUCGUCCCGUGCACCUCGUCGCGCACGUCGGCCGCCUCGGCGUCGCAGCAGGCGUCGACGUCGACUACGCCGCCCGCCCCGACGCCUUACGCGCCGCUCGUCCUCGUCCUGCGCGACUUUGCGUCGCGCGGCCAGCGCCGCGUCUCGCGCCACGAGGUCGACGUCGCGCUUCGGGCGCGGUACCCGGCGCUCGGCGGGUACCUCAGGCGGUACGCGCUCGAGGCGGCGCUCAAGGGGCUCGUGCGGCUUGGCAAGGGCAAGACGGGCGAGGUCGAGUGGGUCGAGCUGGUCGAGGAGAAGGCGGGGCAGGCGGGUCAGGCGGUCCAGGCGGCGCCGCAGGUGGUGCAGGGCAGCAAGACGGUCGGUGGAGCUGGAGGAAAGGGACCAGUCGCUUCGACCUCGGCGCCGCCUGCUGUCGCACUCGUCGCCGCGUCCAAGCCCACCUCGACCGCCUCGUCUUCGACUACCGCCCCUUCGACCAUCACCACCACCCACAAGCGCUUCCUCCCCCUCAUCCACCUCCUCGAGUCGCAGCGCAAGGCCGGUCGCACGCGUCCCCUGUGCGCUUACGUCGGCGAGAAGCUCGCCAAGGCGUGCCCGGGCCUGUACGCGCACUUCACGACGUUCUGCCGCGAGGCCGAGCGGGAGGGGAUCGUGAGGAUGGGCGUCGGGGAGAAGCUCGGGAGCGAGUGGAUCGAGUUGGUGUCCAAGACGCCGAUGUCGAGGCCUGUGUCGAGCGCGCCGUCGGCAUCGCCCGCAUACACCAUCCCGUCGAGCUUCGACCCGCUCGUGUCGAUCCUCCUCGACGGCUCGUCGCCCGUGCUGCCCCGCAGCCAGGUCGAGGCCAAGUUCGACGCCCUCGACUCGAGACCGUACGAGCCGGGCAAGUUCAAGCUGUACGUCUCGCGCGCCGAGCAGGCGAGGGUGGUCGACACGGGCUCGAAGGACAAGGAGGGGGAGCCCUUGGUCAAGCUCACGGCGGCGGCGAGGACGGCGGCGAAGCGGGAGAGCAAGCGGUUCGAGCCGAACAUGUCGAGCGCGGUGCCGAGCGCGACCGCGUCCUCGUCCGCUUUCGUCGUCCCGCUGGCCUUCGUCCCGCUCGUGUCGGUCCUGCGCAGCGUCGCGACGCCGACCGCGUCGUGGACCACCGUGGGCGACAAGCUCAACAAGGUCAUCCCGACGCCGUACGAGACGGGCAAGUUCCGGGCAUACGUCGAGCGCGCCGAGCAGGCGGGCGUCGUCGAGACGGGCAAGAGGGAAAAGGAGGGGCAGCACUGGAUGAGGCUGACGAGCUCGGCGAGGGCAGCGGCGUUUCCCUCGAGCGAGUUGGUCAAGCCGGCGAGCACUACUUCGGCGUCUACUUCAGCGUCGAGCGCUGCCGACAAUACGUCGGGCUUCACCAUCCCGGUCGCCUUCCUCCCCCUCGUCACCGUCCUCCUCAGCAUCUCGGCGCCCUCGCCGGCGUGGACCCACGUCGGCGCCCAGCUCAACCAGCUCAAGCCCCUCCCAUAUUUGAAGGGCAAGCUCAAGGCGUACGUCGAGCAGGCCGAGGCGGCGGGCAUCGUCGAGACGGGCGAGUCGGAGGCCGAGGGGCAGCACUGGAUGAGGCUCACGGCUGCAGCGAGGGCGGCGGUGCAGUCGUUGUCGGCGAGCGAGGGAGCCGAGAAGGCCAAAGCUCCGGAGGUCCAGCCUGCGCGGCCUGGGUGCUGUUGA